GUGACGAACCUUAUGAGUGCCCUGAGUGUGGGAAGAGAUUCACACGUCUUGGCUAUAUGAAGACUCACAGGAUGCUGCAUACGGGUGACAAACCUUAUGAGUGUCCAGAGUGUGGGAAAAGAUUCAAACGUCUUGAAUAUAUGAAGAAACACAUAGUAGUGCAUUCAGGUGCCAAACCUCAUCAGUGUCCAGAGUGUGGAAAGAGAUUCAAUCAUCUUGUAGGUGACGAACCUUAUGAGUGCCCUGAGUGUGGGAAGAGAUUCACACGUCUUGGCUAUAUGAAGACUCACAGGAUGCUGCAUACGGGUGACAAACCUUAUGAGUGUCCAGAGUGUGGGAAAAGAUUCAAACGUCUUGAAUAUAUGAAGAAACACAUAGUAGUGCAUUCAGGUGCCAAACCUCAUCAGUGUCCAGAGUGUGGAAAGAGAUUCAAUCAUCUUGUAGGUUUGAAGACUCACAG